AUGGGAUCCCUCCAGAACAAGGCGGAGGUCAUGCAUAUGGAGCAGGACAAAUGGUCGUCUGAAGGAGCCGCAGUCGACAUUGACGAGGCGAAACGAGGCGAAAUCGAUGAGAGAGAAGGAACGGCAGACCUCAAGCUGGACAAACAUGGUCUUCCUCUCGUACCACAGCCAACAGAUCGCAAGGAUGAUCCUCUUAACUGGUCACCAUGGCUCAAGUUUUUCAUCCUGUUGCAAGUCAGUUUCCUCGCUUUCCUGGGGCCUAUGGCUGGCGCAAUCGUCAACCCAGCCUUCGUGCCACUGAGCAAGCGAUUCGACAUUACUGUGGUCCAGGCUUCGUAUGAACUUACGGUAUAUAUCGUCGCGGCGGGCGUCGGACCCCUUUUCACAGUACCACUAGCCAACGUGUAUGGCCGAAGACCUGUCUACCUUUUUGGCAAUCUUCUAGCUGCAGUCACCAAUAUCGCUGCAGGGUACUGCAACACAUGGACUGGGAUAAUGGUGACUCGUGUGUUCAACGGCAUCGGUGCCGGCUCUCCGGGUGCCAUAGGGGCAGCAACUGUGUGCGACCUGUAUUUCCUGCACGAACGUGGGUUUUAUAUGGGUAUCUUCACCUUUCUUCUGACCAACGGGCCUCACGCUGCAUCGUUGUUCGGCGGCUUCAUUGCCCAGACUCUGGGUUGGAGAUGGUGCUUUUUGAUUCCAGGUUAUAUCCAGCUUGGAGUGUUCGUCUUUACGCUUUUUUGCCUACCAGAAACCAUCUUCUCUCGUCGGUCGACUAGUACCAGCAGUCGCGAACGAUCUUUCAUGGAUCUACUGCUCUUUCGACAUUCUGGCUUGCAGAACCGCAAACUCCGGUUCGUAGACUUCUUCAGGCCGUUCUACAUGCUAAGGUACCUGUCGAUUGUGAUUCCGGGCUUUUACUACAUGACGGCGUUUGGUUUCGGCUCAGUGCUGUUCGCCGCAACGGGAUCGAGCCUGUUCCGAUCAUUAUACCACUUCGACGUUGCGCAGACUGGGAUGUUGCUCAGCAUUCCGCUCCUCAUCGGCUGUUUGCUGGGCGAGAUGAGUGCCGGGUGGCUCACUGAUUACAUGGUCUAUCGAUACGCCAAACACCACGGAGGUAGACGAGAGCCAGAACCGCGUAUCAAUGCGGUAGCACUGGCUAUUUUGUGUCCGAUUGGAAUCAUCAUCGAUGGCAUCUGUCUGACGCACUACAAGACUGUCCCCUGGGUGGGCGCAGCAUUUGGAAUGGGCAUUGCGAACUUUGGCCUCCAGAUCGCGACCACAGUCACAUACAGCUAUUGCACAGAUUGUUACAAGCCCCAGAGUUCCGAAAUAUCCUCCAUCCUCAACGUGUUCCGCAACGUCUUCUCCAUGACCAUCUCUUUCUACGCGAUCCCAUUCGGCGAGAAGAUCAAGUACGAGUACGCAUGGUUGACUUUUGCCAUGAUCCACAUCGUUUUCCUGGUCCCAAUGGUCGUGCUCCGGUUCAAGGGUACUCAGUGGAGGAACAGUGCUUGGCAGAAGCCUCCCACUUUCCAUAACGACAUCUAG